AGCAUCAGCAACACACACGCACACGCACGCGCGCACGCACAAGCGCACGCACACAAAGAGGUCGGUGGGGCGCGCUGGACGCGAAGAGGAGCAGGACCGAGCGCUCGCUGCGGGACACGCGGGACAGCGGCUACACAGCGCGCGCGGGGAGCUGCAGAAAAAAGGCUCGCCAGAACCAUGGCGACGGACAGUAAGGAGGCUAAGCAUGACGCACGUGUAGAGGUAACAGUAUCUGAAGGCCCAGAUCGGCGACGGCAGGGCAAAUUCCAGCCAUUCCGACGCUUGUUUGGGAGGAAGAGGAGGAGGGAGACAGAGCAAGCAUUCGAGGAAGAAGAACUCAAACCCAGCCAUUCCACUGGUGAUGUGUGCAAUGGGGUGGUUUCAGGCCAUGAAGAGGACAAUCAGCAUCUGAGGGAAGUAAAUCCCCUGGGAUCUCGUGCUUUUUCACACGAGAGCAUCUUCAUCCCUGAGGAUUCUGCUGAGAAUCCUCUGAGCUCUGAACAGAUCAUGUCUCAGGAGAACGUCUCGGACAAAGUCAGGAACCUUCAAAGGCAGAUAGCACACAAUAUAAAAUUCGGUCAAAAACCCCCAUCACUGAGAAGGAGUGAGGGAGAUGAAGGCAGCUCAGAUGAAGAGGAGAUACCAAGGAGUCCACUCCGAGUCCUGGCACAGGUGGAGACAGAGCCACAGGAAGCAGAAGCCCGAGAAAAGGUUUCCUCUGCUACCCAUGAUGUGGCCCAGCAUAAGACUCCUGUAAAAUCCCCCCGCACCAAACGUCCACCUCCUCCUGGAACGAUUGAGUCAAUUAACCUGGACGCUGUUCCGCAGUCAGGCCCACGCUUGGACAACACUGCUGCCAAACAUAAACUGUCUGUCAAACCCAAAAACCAGCGAAUCUCCCGCAAGCACCGCAGAUUUACACAGGAGAUACUAGAGGAGGAUCUUUCAGCAUUUCUGCAGGAAGAGAUCGGAGAGGAACCAGGGGUUUGGAGAGAAGAAUAUGCAAGAAGCCACCAGUCCAGAGAUGACCAAGAGCCCCCUGAAAAAUCCAAGAAGCAGCGACUUCAGGAAGAGGAACAUGAACGCUUGGAGCUUCAAAGAAAGCGGGAACAAGAGGAACAGAGAAGGAGAGAUGAAGAAAGGAGAGCUGAGGAACUACGGCUGGAUGAAGAGAGAAGGCGCAGGUUAGAAGAAGAACGUUUGCAAAGGGAGGAAGAAGAGAGAAGACAGAGAGAGGAAGAGAGAAGGAGGAAGGAAGAAGAAGAAAGGAGGAGGGAAGAGGAACGAAUGAGAGAAGAGGAAGAGAAGAGACGUGAAGAAGAAAGAAGGAAGAAAGAAAUGGAGGCAAGAAGGAGAGCAGAGGAAGAAAGAAGGCAGCAGGAACUUGAGGCAGAGCGACUUCGUUUGGAGGAGGAAAAGAGAAAGAGAGAGGCAGAGGAAGAGAAAAGGAAGAAGGAGGAGGAGGAGGCGGCAGAAAAACAAAGGCUUUGGGAGUUAGAGGAGAAACGUUGCAUAGAAGAAGAGCGUCUGCGCGAGGAACAAAGAAGGAGACAAGAAGAGGCAGAAGAAAAGAAAAAGAAGGAAGAGGAGGAGAGAGCUGCUGAAGAACAGGGUGGUGCUCCUGGUCCAGAGUGGAAGAGGAAAGCAGAGGAACUGCGAUGGAGGGAGAUGGAAGAAAGGCAAAGACCCUUUACCUUCAAAGUUUCAUCAGGAGAGAAGCAAAUCCUUUUCCAGAAGGUCAAUCUUACCCCCGUCACCCCAGUACCUGGCCAGCAUGGUGAACAAGCUACUGAAGCCAAGGAAGGCACUCCAGGAAGUGCUGAUUCACCAACCUUGUCUUCUUCCCUCUAUGUCCCUCACACUGCGAUCCUGGUGACUGGAGCACAGCUGUGUGGAACUGCAGUAAAUCUGGAUCAGAUAAAGGAUACAGCCUGUAAGUCUCUGCUUGGUCUCUCUGAGGACAAAAAAGCCAUGACCACAUCACCAGUGAAGGGAAAGACAUCACCAGAUCGCAAAUCUGGAAAAACUAAAUCUCUGAGUGAAUCUGUUUCUGUAGACCAGUCCAGCGCUGCUGUUCUUGCAGAAUGGGCCAGUAUUAGAUCCAAGAUUUUUAAAGGUGCUGAAGAUGGAAAAUAUCAGGAACCCCCAGAUCAGAACUGUAAGCAGGCACAGAGUCCAACAGCAAGCGAGGACCUGAAUCAGCCACCAUUCUCUCAUGCCAAUCUCAGGAAGACCAUGUCAGCGAGCGCCAAAUUCUCCAUCACUCCAGCCAGAAAGAAGUUUGCUGACUCAAAUAGAAAUUCUGAGGUCCUUAGUCCAGAUGAGAAAGAAGGAGAUACACUGGAAUCACCGACAACAGAUUCGGCACUCAGCCAGCCUCUCCCUUCACCUUCCUCAGCUGCCAAGGCUCAAAGUAAGGGAGGAAAGACAGUCCGCAUCUCAGACAGUGCAGACGAAUGCAAGUUUGCCAAAGACCUCCCUUCCUUCCUGGUCCCGAGUCCACCACAAGGAUCCCCCAAAAGUCAGAGGUCUGAAUCUUUCUCCUCCAGCCAGAUGAAAUCUGAAGAAACGGACACUAAUAACAGGGAUGAUCCGAGAGACCUGAGUGGUGAGGAGAGACCUUCACCAUUUGGCAUCAAGCUUCGGAGGACCAAUUACUCCCUUCGCUUCCAUAGUGAGCAGUCCACUGAAAAGAGGAAGAAAAGGUACAGUGCAGGGGACAGUUUUGAUGGUGUCCCAGUGCCCUUAACUUCUACUAACCAGGACUCUGACUCUGAUAAAAACAGUCCCACAUCCCCACUUCGAGAGACUGAUGGAGUCAAACUCCAAACAGUCCCCAGUACAGAGCCGCGGCCCAAAUCCAAUAGAAAUUCAUUGACUUCUGUAUGUAGUGAACGUGACAAGCUUGUUUCUAAGCCCCCUCUUUACCAGAAACCUGCCACAUCCCCCAAACCGUCUGAAGGUGCCACACCUCCACCGUCCCCACUACCUAAACCUAGCAGGAGGACGUCUGGGGACACGAUUUCCCAGAAGACAGAAGCAGCUGAACCACCAUCACCUGAGGAGAGCAGUGAUCGUAAAGAAGACCCCUCAGAAUCUGUGCAGAACCAGAAGAAUGGUCAGGGGGAUGAGGAGCCAAAAGAGAAAAAGUCUUUCUUUCCAUCUAUCAGCAUCCCUUGGAGGGAGAAAACAGACCGGAAGACUGAGCUCAUCAGGAGAGAAAAGCCCUCUCUUCAGAGCAGGCAUUCUCUGGACAGCUCACGGGCACAAGAGAAAGAGGCAGGACCACUGUGGAUCACUCUGGCCCUGCAGAAACAGAAGGGCUUCAGAGAACAACAGCAAAGCAGAGAGGAAAAGCGGAACCAGCGAGAGGCUAAGCUGGCCGAGAAACAGGCCAGAGACAGAGAGAGUGUUGGGCUACUUAGUCCUACAGAGGCUAAAGGGAAUGGAAACUCCAGUCCUCCUAAACCACAGACGCCAGAGGAGAACAAGAGACCAGAAACUUUACUGACUCGCCUUGAACGUCGUGAUUUAAAGAAAGCCAAUACCCUUCCCAGUUCUGUCACAGUGGAGAUAGCAGACUCUACUCCAUCUCCCCCAGCAGCAAAGGACAUGACAAAGCGCUUCCCACCAGGUGAUGCUCCACAGGUUUCUACUGAACCGGCUUGGCUCGCCCUCGCCAAGCGUAAGGCCAAAGCAUGGAGCGACUGCCCACAGAUCAUCAAGUGACAUUUCCUCUCUGACACACAGAAAAGAGCAAACUAACUCCCAGUCCUCUUGGUCAUUCAGUAGGCAUCACUUUAAAUCACUCACACAGCACCCCUGUACCUGGCAAAAAUCCACUCACCAACCUUUACCUCAGCCAUUGCACAGAAUGGGUAGCAAGAUGCAUGCAUUUCCAGAAAAUGUGCAUUUUUAAUAACAAGUACAAUGGUCUACAGCCACAGUCAAGCAACUUUGCCUGUAUUUAUAGUGUGCGUCUUUCUGAUUCGAUUUUGUCGUUGCCAAUCACACCAGCCCGCAAACUUACACCUUCCUAUUUAGUCAAUCAAACGCCCAGCAGACCUGUUGAUAGCACUUGUGUGAAUACAUAACGCAUGCCUAGUAGACAAGUACGUAACACUACAAUACGUUGUUCACUGCUGUAUAAGGGAUUAUUUUGAGAGGUGAGCAAGGGCUACCAUUUACCAUUUACAGUAGUUGACACCAUAUUAAUUUAUAAUUUAUUUUUUACUUCACCCCAGGUAUUUAUUACGAACAUUCAGCUUCUUUUAUUUGUGGUCCUCAUGCAUUUAAACAUAUUAUUAUUAUAUAAAUUCAAAAUAAUCUGUCUUCACAACACUUGUCAAAUACAAAGUCUUUUUUUCGGACUUAUUUGAUAUCUUGGCAAAGUGCGAAGAUUUUCACUGUGUCCGUGACAACUGUGACUACUGUCAUAUAAGAUAUUGUUGAAAAUCACCAUGAUGAUGACUUAGAGUCACUGUGUUUACUUCAGUAAAUAACCAACAACAUGAAACAUCUUUCAUUAAUGGUGUUUCCACUGCACCACCAUGUUAAGUCAAUGCACUGAAAACCAUGAUAUCAGCUGAUGAACGAAUCUGCUUCUUGCACAGUGUUUACUGCCUCCAGUUUCCUUGGGAAAAAAAAAAGUUCCCUGGGAACAAACUGCCUGCUUGCUGUAAUAUAAAACACCAUUAUCCUGUCGUAGCGUGUGCUAGCUGUUCUUGUACUGCAAAUCAAGAAAAUCUAAACCUUGGCAAGACAACGGGAGAUCAGUGCUCAAAACAUAAAUCCCUCUAGGGGGAGUCUAACCACUGACAUAUAGCUCUGCAGAGGAAUCGAUAAACUUCUCAUUAUUCUGCAUUAAUCACACAACUCAACUCAGACUAACGCGAAGCCUUGAUCUCCCAGCAAGAUUCUCACCCCCAUUACUUAACGUAACAUUUUGUAUGUAUGUAAUGUAUGUAGGUAUGUAUGUAUGUAUGUACAGAGGUGAAAUGAAAUGGACUGCGUUCCUUUGGAGACCCCUGAACUGCAGACGCUUUGGUCACUUUGUUUUUAAUUUGGUCGUGUGCAAUAGUGUAGCGUAAAGUGUUGUAUGUAACAUGAUAUAAAAGCAGUUUGUUGGUAAUUGCACUUUUUUUGGUUCCACUUAGGGUUACUCAUGAGAAAAAUCUCAAAGUAAUGAAAAUGUUAUGAAUUAUGUAGAAAAACAUUAAAGGCGGAUAUUUGAA